AUGAACUCUAUGGGAACUAUUGACCCCUCUUCCUUGCCAGCGAUCUAUUCCAGGAGAAAGACAAGAAAGUGUUCAUCAUGUAAGUGUUUGAAACCAAUGGACCAGUUUUUACCCAUCACAAUCAAUAAGAAGACUGUUAUUCCAAAGACUUGCCAAUCUUGUCGAUUACGACGAAAUAGUUAUUAUUGGAGUAAGAUCAACUCGAUAUGUGUUAUGCGGUAGACUUCGAGUCCAAGAAAAGCAAGUCCGAGGGAUCAAAGCGUCACUCUUAUCAUGAUUUUUCUACACAGCGAGCCAAUCAUGUUGUAAAAUCAAAUAUUGCCAGCCAAAGUGUUCCAAGUGCUGUGGUGCACACAGAUAAAAGACCUGAAGGGAGUGAGGAGAUGAAUGACUUAUCCCAAGUAACCUUUGACGAUCUAGUUCAUCCUCUGCACUCCUAUGGUCAUACCCAAUAUAACUUUCCAUCUCAAACACCCCAAGAAACUCAGAUCUCGCAGCUUUCGCCAUUGCCUUCAAUCUCUCAACCAGCGCAGGAAUCGAUUCAACCAAUGCAAACGGUCCAGCCAGCCCCCUCUUUCCAGUCCACCGAGGCUGUUCCCUCUCUGGAUGUUCCGAAGCGCGAUUUCUGUGAGUCGAGUAGCGCUCUGGGCAUUGAUCCGAUUCUCUCAAUCAACCAACUUUCUCCUUUAGACGAGGAUCUAAAGCUGAAAGCGGACGAGAUGAGCUCCAUGAACGAUUUUUUCUUGCUGACAAAGCAGUCUGUGGACUCGAUGGAGUACAUGCUGCCUGAUUCGAUGAAGGUGGACGAUCUGAUUUUAGAGUUGCAGCGACAGACUGUGCAUAGUAUGAUGGACGAGAUCGGAAAUAUCAGCGAUAUCUUGGCUGCUAGCCAGUUGGACGUGUAUAAAUCGCAAGAAGUGUGCUAUCCAUCGAUGAUGGAUGAUGUGGAUUUUGGAUUCCCCGCGGCGGUGCUUGGAGAAGGGGAUGCGCCUUAAAUGGAUUUAAAGAAGUGUUGUUGCAGAUCACUUUUGAAUCUUUUGGGUUAAUUUAUUAUCAUCGAUUUUUUUGUUAUCAUUGUCAUUUCUAUUCUAUUCUGUUUUUUUAACUGUUAGUGCAU